AGGGACGUGCGAAGGCUUCAGAAGUGUGUGAUCUCACGGGCAUCAUGGGCUCUUCAUGCAUCGGGCUGAUUCUGCUGCUGCUGGUCAGUUUUCGGGUCUCUGGUGGUGUCUGUCCUCGGCAGUGUGCUUGCUCUGUUCCCGCUGAAGUGCACUGCACCUUCCGUGCGCUCGUGACCGUUCCCACAGGCAUCUCCAAACAAGUCCAGCGCAUCAACUUUGGGUUUAACGCUAUAAAUCACAUCACUGACGUCUCCUUUGCUGGCCUUGGAAAACUAGAGCUGCUCAUGAUGCACGGCAACAACGUGCAGAAAAUACCAGAUGCUGCUUUUCAGGAUCUUGUUUCUCUACAGGUUUUUAAAAUGAGUUACAACAAACUGAGAGUCAUUACCGGUCACACCUUCUCUGGUUUGACGGCCCUUAUUAGACUCCAUCUGGACCACAACCGCAUCGAGUUCAUCCACCCGGAUGCGUUCAGUGGGCUGACCUCACUGCGUCUGCUUCAUCUCGAGGCCAACAAUCUGCAAAAGCUCCAUCCUGCUACUUUCAGCACAUUCUCGCUGCUGCGGCGUUUCCCCGUGUCCACCCUGAAGCACCUGUACCUCUCUGAAAACCUCCUCAGCUCGCUGCCCAGAAACAUGCUGGAGAACAUGCCACAGCUGGAGAACCUCUUCUUAUACGGAAACCCGUGGAGCUGUGACUGCAGGAUGAGCUGGUUACAGGACUGGAGCGCACAGCAUCCAGGUGUGAUGAAAUGCAAAAAGGACAGAUCAUUUUCCAGCAGUCAGCUCUGUCCACUGUGUGCAUCUCCUAAACACCUUAGGGGGCAAGAUAUCUCAGAUCUCAAAGAGUUCAUCUGCUCUGGACCAGCCAUCAGCUCUAAAGGAAAGAACAUCUCACAUGAGGACAACAUGAGUGAACUUCUGCCCAUCGUCAGAAUCAGACCACCUUUUGGAAACCUCUCCCUCGGUUUAUCUGAUGAGCAUGGGACUAAAGUGGACUUGAUCUGUCAAAUACUUGAACCAAGGGAUUCUACUCAAAUCAGUUGGAAUUAUACAAAAUCUCUGGAGAUCGCUGCUAAUGUGACAUUACUCUUUGACCUGGAAUGUCCUGUGGACAGAGACGACUAUGAAAGCUUGUGGAGGCUUCUUGCGUACUACAGUGAAGUGCCUGUGCAUCUGCGAAGGGAAAUCAUGCUAAGCAAAGAGCCGGAGCUGAGCUACAGAUACAGACAGGACAUUGAAAAAGAUGCUUACUUUUAUACUGGUGUCCGAGCCAGUGUUUUAGCCCAUCCAUCAUGGCUCAUGCAGUCGUUAAUGAACAUCAAGUUAAACAGGCCGUAUUCCUCCUCUAAGAGUGUGAGACUCGUUCUUAACACUCAUUUGACUGCCACCACAGACAAGGAGCCCGUUAGAUCUUGGGUCAUGAUUGAGCAUGACAAUAAAACCCAGACAAGCUUCAGUUCUGUUGUAGGCGAUACGGUUGAAAUGGACUGCCGUGUGCAAAGCUCAGAAAAAGCAGCCAUUCGUUGGAUGAUGCCUGAUGGGUCGCAGAUUAAAGCUGCAUUUAGCUCUACCGACAAAAGACUGACAGUUUCUAGCAACGGCAAACUUCACAUGAAAUCUGUUGAGCACAGAGACGCUGGAGUUUAUUAUUGCGUUGCUGAGGUUGCAGGAGAUAUCGAUGUUCUGCCUUUCCGUUUAUCCGUUAUAGAGUCCUCAACCCCGCUUCCAGGUGAAGAAGUUGGAAUUGCUUUAACAAAGUUUGUAGGUGAGUCUGCAUCUUUGCCUUGUCUUACUACAGCGACUCCAGAUGCUGUGGUGACCUGGAUACUUCCAGAUGGCAGUGUACUGAAUGCCAAAGCCAAUACAUCCGGGGCUUUAGUCUUUUACAAUUCGACUUUGUUCAUUCCUUAUAGUCAGCUUAACAAUAAUGGAUAUCACAAAUGUGUCGCCAUGAACCAGCAUGGUGUGGAUGUACUGGCUACUAAAUUAACUGUUAUGAGGCGGAAAGGAAUCCAGCCUCUCCGACAGUAUCCCAUUAGACCGCAGUCUGCCAUGGGAGUGUCCACUAAGGUAAAAGCCUUUUUGGAGGAUGCGGAUGAAGCUUCUGGAGAUGAAACUCAUGAAAGAAAAGUACCACACAGAAGCUUUAUUAAUCGAAGGAGGGAUCCAAAUGCAAGAAUGCAAGGACGUUCUUUUGGCAACAUCCGCCAUAGGCGACCCUUUAGAAAGAGCAUGCAUGUACAAUCAAACAGAUCUGGCUUAACAAACCAAAGAACUGUUAAUACAAGGAACAAAAUAGACCCUCAGAAAUGGGCUGUUCUUUUGGCCAAAAUCCGUGAGAAAACCUCUCCAAAGAACUCAUCAGUUAACAUUGUCCAGCAUGGCACAACAGAGAAAAGUAUACAGAUGAUGAAUGUAGAUCAUCCAGGUUCAAUUGACAACACUGAGAGCUCCUCUGGUGACUCUGAUCCACAGGAAGAAUCAAACACUUUCAGUACUCCACACCAAACAGAUGUUUACCACACGCGUGCAAUUACACCUCAUAUUGAGGGGCAAAAUAACAACAUAAAUCUAAUGGCUCCUCCAGAAUUACAAACUAGCUCAAAAGAGGUGCCUUACAUCUCAAAUCCCACAUCUGGACCCUAUUAUGUUAUGAAAGAGGUGAAUGUUACAGAAAGAGGGCAUGUGAGCACCAUAAGUGCUGAAAAUAACCAAGUAUAUUCCCAGUCUGUCAUCAAACCGGAGUCUGAGAAAGAAAAUGAGCUUAAUUUCUCCGGAAGGACUGGCGUCCAGUGGCAGAUUGGUGGUUUUGGUUCUGGACUUCAUGACAGCUCUUCGUUUGCAACAACAUCAACUGAAAGCAUUAGACAGCAUGCUCCAACAAGUUCAGCACAAUCCAGAGCAAAAGAUCACUGGAGCUACAGGCGAAGAUUUGAAAGUAGACGACGGAAAAAAUUAAGACGGCCAUUCUCAAAACUCCCUACCAGAAGACCAUGGUCAGCAUCUACAGUUGUAGGUGUUCAUGGUCAAACUGUAACUUUGAAAGCUGAUCCUACAAUCCCAGCUGAAGAUGCAAAGGUCGAUCCAACUACUGCUCAUGUUUACUCCAGAACCACAUCUAGAGGCAGUUUGAUCCAUUUAACUUCUACAACCAAUGCUCUCAUUUAUUCCUCAAAUCCAGCUGAAAGCAUUUCAGUCCAGUCAACUCUCCCAGAAACUGUUCCCAUCUACUCCACAACCUUAGCUGGAAGCACAUUGGAAUAUCCAACUACUACUCCCAUUUAUCCUUCUGUGCCGAGGGAAUUACCAAAUGCCGUCAAUGAGGAAGAUACCAUCUCCCACCCUGAUGGUUCAGAAAUCCCCAAAGUGAAGGCAAACAAUUUCCUCCAAGUUCAAGAGAUGACAAACUCUAGAAGCACCUCCACCUCUCACCCCACAAGCACCACAUCAGAGCCUGAAUAUGAAGAUGUCCCUUAUUUUGAGCAGGAAGAGGACGGCGGCAUUGCAUCUGCAGAGGAGAUUGAUGAGUACUUGGUUCCCACAAGUGUAGAUCCAACAUCUCGACCUGGCAUUGAAACAGUCCCACUGAUAACUGCUCGGCAGGAGUUCACAGGCACGCUUUCGACAGUGUUACCAAAGGCCAACAAAGAGAUUCAUCCAACAGAGAUCAGCUUUACUUUGGACACAGAAUCUGUAGUCACCUCCAUGCCACAACUCCAAUACUACCCACGUUCACAACCAAAUGAAAGCUUUAAAAAAGAAGAAGAAUCCAUUCACAACCAAUUAUCUUUUCCCUCAAUGCCAGAGACUCUUACAGAAUCCUUAAUAACUGUAGGGACACAAACCAAGUCUUCACCCACAAUUUCACCACCUCAAAGCAAUGAGAUUUACUUCCUACAACCAAGCUCUGUUUCUAAGCAAGACCGAAGGGAAAGGAUAAUCCAGGGACAUGAUGGACCUUUGACUGUUCCUUCAAAAUCACUGAAUACUUUACCUACAAUUACAUUUCCAGUAACUACAGCCAUUCCCAUUACGAGCCAAAUCAUUGGAACAACAGCACCCUCUACUACACUGUCGACAGCUGCUACUACUUCAACUACAUCUGCUCUAAAUUUAACACCCAAUUUACCCUUACCAGACAAUAGAAUCCCAUUUUACCCAAGGAAUCCUGGAACAAACUACAUUGAUUCCAGGCACAGGGGAAGCUUUCCCAGCAUUAACCACAGGUAUCCGCACUAUCACAGUAAAAAGCACUCUGUGAACAUUAGACCUAAUAUUAUGACAAGCCCUUACAUCACCACUUCAGCUGUGGAAUUAAAUCUCAACAACGUCAGAUCAACUACAUCACCAACGAUUUUGACUGCUCAAUCUGCAACCUCGAGUCGCAUAACUGUGUCAAGCACCACGAAGCCAAACAACCAAAUUCAGAUCAAUGAACCAAUCAACAGACAACCGAGCGCAGUUCAGCUUUCUCAAGGACCACAAACUCUUCCUGCGCCACAAAUGAGACCCAGGAUCACUGCUACCAAACUCCUCACAGUCACUGUGAAUGCUGGUACAGAUGUGCAGUUACCAUGUGAUUCUGUGGGGGAGCCGAAACCCCUUCUGACCUGGACCAAAGUCUCCACAGGAGCCGUCAUGUCAGCGAAUACCAGAGUGCAGCGGUUUGAGGUCCAGUCCAAUGGCACGUUUGUCAUCCACAACAUCCAGCCUCAGGACCGUGGGCAGUAUCUGUGCAGUGCUCGCAAUCCACACGGCAUCGAUAAGAUGAUGGUGACCCUUGUGGUUUUGGCCCACGCCCCCAAGAUGAUGCUUUCACGUCAUGAAGAUAUGACGGUGUAUCUCGGAAACAGUGCACUCUUGGAAUGCCAAGCACAAGGCCUCCCCAUACCAAACAUCAGCUGGGUGCUUCCAGAUCGAUCUGUGGUGCGAGCAAUUAGUAACAGCCAACAGAAGAUUGUGCUCUUCACCAAUGGAACGCUUCAAGUCAAAAACACCAAUUACCUGGACAAAGGCAUCUACAAAUGCAUAGCGAGCAAUGCCGCUGGAGCUGACAUGCUUUCCGUGAGGCUACAAAUUGCAGCUUUGCCUCCCACCAUCCAAGAGCCGGUCUGGGAGAACCACACCAUCUAUGAUGGCCAAUCAGCAUUCAUGCACUGUACAGCUAAAGGUGCUCCAGGUCCGACCAUCCGCUGGGUCACGUUCACCGGCGCGCAGCUUCGCCCCUCACAGUUCGUCAAUGGCAAUUUGUUUGUUCUCCCCAACGGGACACUGUUUAUUCGUAACCCUACAGACAAGCAUUCUGGGAAUUAUGAAUGUGUGGCUGUGAAUUCGGUGGGAGUUGCUAAAAGGACUGUGAAUCUGCAAGUGAAAACACACUCUACUACUGCCAGAAUCAUGUCCACUUCCGCACACAGUACUGAUGUCGGCUACGGAGGUCAGUUGAGUCUCAACUGUUCGGCCACCGGAAGCCCCAGUCCCAGGAUCAUCUGGAGGACGCCGUCUAAAAAACUGGUUGAUGCAUAUUACAGCUUUGAUCGCAGAAUGAAAGUGUUCAGCAAUGGCACACUCACCAUCACGUCAGUGAACGAAAAGGAUGAGGGUGACUAUCUCUGUGUGGCCAGAAACAAAAUGGGUGAUGACUACGUUCUCCUUAAAGUCAACGUGAUGAUGAAAGCGGCUAAAAUCGACCAGAGGUCACUGAGCGAUCACAAGGUGUCAUACGGAGGAGAGCUGAAAGUGGACUGCAUCGCUUCAGGUCUUCCCAACCCAGAAAUCACGUGGAGUCUUCCGGAUGGUACCAUGGUAAACGGCAUCCCACAAUCUGACCACAACUGGGUCCGCACCAAGAGAUAUGUGAUGUUUGACAAUGGUACACUGUAUUUAAAUGAAGUCAGAAUGAAGGAGGAAGGUGACUACACAUGCUACGCCGAGAAUUCGAUUGGGAAAGAUGAAAUGAAGGUUCAUAUCAAGGUGGUGGUGGAUGCACCGAUCAUCCGAAACAAUGUUUACAGUGUCGUUAAAGUUCCUUUUGGGGAAACGGUAGUCCUCAAUUGCAGUGCCAAAGGAGAACCAACUCCUACCAUCACAUGGACGUCUCCUGCUCAUCGCACCAUAGUACCAUUAUCCAACAAGUACCAGAUCGCCAAUGAUGGCACUUUGCACAUUCAAAAAAUCCAGAGGUUUGAUUCUGGAAAUUAUACUUGCUCAGCUAGGAACGUUGCGGGAAUUGACAAGAAAGUUAUCUACGUAGAAGCCCUUGUGUCAAUGCCAGUCAUCAGUGGAUUAGAGAAUCAAGGGGUAAUCCGUAAAACUGUCGUAAAGGAUCAGCGUGUGCUUUUAGACUGCAAUGCAAAUGGAAACCCGGUUCCAAGGAUCAUGUGGGUGUUUCCCAACAACAUUGUGCUUCCUGCGCCAUACUACGGCUCAAGGAUUACUGUCCAUCGCAAUGGCACACUGGACAUUCACGCAGUGCGGAUAAGCGAUUCGGUCACACUUCUUUGCAUUGCACGCAAUGAAGGAGGAGAAGCCAAACUCCAGGUUCAACUUGAGGUGACCGAAGGUGUUGAAAAGCCACGGUUGAGAAGUUCUCCUACCGAGUCCAUCCAACUCACCAAUGGGAUAUUAAGUCUAAACUGUUCCAUAGAAGGAAAACCAAUGCCAGAGAUCACUUGGAUUCUCCCCAAUGGCACGUCUCUGCUUAGGGGAACCAGUAUUUUCCGUUUCCAUCAUCGACUCGAUGGGACUUUGGUCAUUAAAGACCCAUCGAUCUUAGAGGUUGGACUGUAUCGCUGCAUUGGACGCAACAGCGCCGGAUACGUUGAGCGUACCGUGACCUUGGAGUCCAACAGAAAACCAGAAAUCACCAACAAGUACAGCUCACUCGUCAGCAUAAUAAAUGGCGAGAAUCUGCAACUCAAUUGUUUGUCCGGUGGUCACCCGCUGCCCAAACUUACAUGGACUCUACCAAACGGAGUCGUCUUAACUCGGCCGCAAACAACCGGACGAUAUUCGGUCCUAAACAAUGGCACUCUUACUGUCCAGAGGACAUCUGUGUAUGAUAGAGGGAUGUACCUCUGCCAAACCACUAAUGAACAUGGAUCAUCCAGCCUUUCGGUUUCGGUGAUAGUAAUUGCGUAUCCGCCGCGUAUAACCAAAGGACCCUCGCCAGUGACUUACGCUAGUCCAGGUGUGGCCGUUCAGUUAAACUGCAUUCCUCUUGCUACACCUAAAGCCGAGGUGGUUUGGGAAAUGCCUGAUGGUCUUCAGCUGAAGGUCGGCGUCCAGCCUCGUCUUUAUGGAAACAAGUAUCUCCAUCCUCAAGGUCCACUGGUCAUUCAGAACCCUUCCAGCAGAGACAAUGGCAUCUAUAAGUGCACCGCCAAAAAUGUGGUUGGUAGCGACAGCAGAUCAACUUACGUGUAUGUGUUUUGAUGCAAACUCACUUUAGAGACAAGCCCGAGGAACUGCGUUAGACUGUACAUACAAUAUGAACACUUUCUACUGACUCUUGUAAAUAUGAAAGCGUGAUAUUUUAAUCCACUUCAAAUGAAGCGACUCUAUUGACUCGUUAACGGAUAUCCAUUAACACUCUUGGGAAGUGAACUGAUAACAAGGUCCACAUGGAAAUUGCACCAAUAAAACCAUCUGCAAAAUUCA